AUGGCAUUUGAGAAAUCAACGGCACCGCGUGAUGACGGUGCCGCCGCUCAUGUUGAACGAGAACCAACUGUACAAGACACAUUCAACUAUGAAACUGAAGAAAAGCCUCCACCUAACGGAGGCUUAGAAGGAUGGUUGAGCGUUAUCGCCGGUUUCUGUGUUUUCGUUAACUCCUGGGGUUUGAUCACUACGUAUGGUGCCUUCCAGGAACACUACCAGACGGUGCUUUUACCCGAUCAACCUCCAUCAUCGCUAUCAUGGGUAGGCAGUAUUCAAGCGACACUCAUUGUGAUGGUGGGGAUUGUCACUGGGCCCUUGGUUGACAACGGUUAUCUGCGACCAUUGAUUGUCUGCGGCAGCACCUUAACAGUGUUUGGGAUCAUGAUGACCAGUCUAUCCACGAAAUAUUAUCAAAUAAUUCUAGCCCAGGGGUUUGGCGUGGGCCUAGGUGGUGGCAUCGCCUACAUCCCAGCUCUUGUUGUCAUCUCCUCGCAUUUCACGACGAAACGACCGAUCGCGAUCGGAUGCGCAUCGAUCGGAUCUAGUGUGGGCAGUGUUGUCUUCCCCAUCAUGUUUCGCCAGCUUCAACCCAGGAUCGGCUUCCCCUGGACUGUCCGCUGCAUCGGCUUCAUCAAUCUGUUUCUUGCCCUAAUCACGUGUAUUGUGCUCUGUCGGCGUCCGGGCAAGAAGACCCGCUCUAGAAGCAUGAUCGACUUCAAAGCAUUCAAGGAGCUUCCAUUCAUGCUAUAUGCCGUCUCCUUGACAUGCAUCAUGCUCGGCUACUACAUCCCGGUAUUCUACGUUCCAUCAUACUCGCGCGUAGCAUUACACACAACCCGAAAUUUAUCCUUCUACAUGGUCGCUAUUAUAAACGGUGCCUCGGCAUUUGGGCGAACAUUGCCAUACCUCGCCGGCUCGCGCAUGAAGCCAAUGGUCAUCUUACUCUGCGGGACAUCUGCUAGCGUAAUCGCUAUGUUCUGCUGGCUUGCUGUCAGUGACACGGCCGGUUUCAUCGUCUGGGCAUGCUACUGGGGUUUACUCAGUGGUGUGCUUGUCACGGCUCCGACAUCAAUUGUCGGUCAUCCAGUUUACUGUCCAGACCCGGGCUCCCUUGGGACGCGACUGGGAAUGAUGUGGGGAAUCAGUUCGUUUGGGUCUUUGGUCGGAACACCGAUUGCGGGAGCGUUGGUUGAUUUGGAGACUGGAGAGUUUUGGCGAGCGCAGGUCUUUGCAGGGUGUUUGAUGGUUGGAGCUGUUCUGUUGCAGUCAUGGCCUACCACCGUUGUGGUCAGGUAUGAUCGGGAGAAGGCCUCGACUGGUCGCUGA